CGCUGGGUUAAGGGUUAAGGGCCUCGGCGGGGGGCCCAGGGCUCGCAAAGUGCUCGUCUCUCCACAAUCAGGGACUGUUCUCUGCUGCCUCUUCCACUGCAUUGUAGUUCUGUUCGCUUGAUCGAUAUAAAAACUGGUAGAGACCGCAAUCCCCUGCCGCAGCCCAUGCGUUUUCUCCUCUCCCGUGCGCUGGCGGGGAAAUAGAAGAGAGGUUUCAUCUUCAGGGAAAUGGGAAAGCUCUGCUCUGGCCACAAUCCCUUCCCUAUAACUGGGCCCUCAGCUGGCGUGCCCGCUCCUAUCCCGCACAGGCGCCUGGCAGCGUAGAGGACGUCCUAGCUUGGCAGGAGGCAGAUCCUAGUCACUGAGUAAUGAGGGACGAACAGGUCCUGGGGCCAAAGUCUCCUGUGCCCUUCAAGGUCCAGUGAACUCUGGGCAGCUGCUGGAGACCCGGGUAGCCUCUAAGCCCCCUUCUCAACCCUGGAGCUUCGACAAUGAGGCUGCCAUAGAGAAGGAACCUCACCGGGCAGGGAGCAGGCAGUGGUGGACAGACCGAGGCCAGGUACAGACUCCAGGAUGUCCUCAACACCCUCCAGAGGGCAUCAGCUGGACCGCGUGGCUGUGACGGGAGGCACCCACGGGAAUGAGCUCUCUGGUGUCUACCUGGUGAAACACUGGCUGCAGAACCCUUCCGAGCUGCAGAGGGGGACCUUCGCAGCCACGCCCUUCCUGGCCAACCCCAAAGCCACGAAGCGCUGCAUCCGCUACCUCAGCCAGGACCUGAACAGAAGCUUCACAAGGACCUUCCUCACCUCCAAGGAAACACAGGAUGGCCCGUAUGAGGUGAGACAGGCCCAGGAGAUCAACCAGCUCUUUGGUCCCAAAGGCUCGGCUGACGCCUUCGACUUCAUCUUUGACCUUCACAACACAGUCUCCAAUAUGGUGGCCUGCCUGAUCUUAGACUCCGAGGAGAAUGUCUUCACUAUGCACAUGUGUCACUACAUCCAGAAACACACUCAGGGCCCGUGUCCAAUCUAUCUAUACGGCCUCCCUGGACAGGAAAACUAUUCCCUCCAGUCAGUUGCCAAGAAUGGCCUGGGCCUGGAGCUGGGCCCCCAGCCGCAUGGGGUCCUUCGAGCUGAUGUCUUGUCUCAUAUGAGAGCCCUGGUGGCUUGUGGUCUGGAUUUCAUCGACCUCUUCAACCAGGGGACCUCAUUCCCUGCUUUUGACAUUGUGGCUUAUAAGAUCAUAGAGCCCAUGGAUUUUCCUCAGUCUCCCAGCGGGGAGUUGCUGGGAUUUGUCCACCCCCAGCUCCAGGACAAAGAUUUCUUUCCUCUGAAGCCAGGAGACCCCAUUUUUCAGCUCUUCAGUGGGGAAGAGAUCUUCUACGAGGGUGAUGCCACCAUCUACCCAGCCUUCAUCAAUGAGGCUGCCUACUAUGAGAAAGGAGUGGCCUUCUACAAGAUGAAGAAAUGCACAUUCUCCAUUCCACCUUUAGAGGCCCCAGAGGCAUCAGCCCCAUGAUUACUCAGGGGCCAGAUUGAGGGUGAACACCCCAUGUGGGAAAACUCACACUGACCUUGGGAGGACUGUCAACUGGCUCAGCCAUUGUGGAAAGCAACUUGGAACAAUGCCCCGAAAGUGAUUAGAAGUUAUUAAACAUACCCUUUGACCCGGCUCUACUCUGCCUAGACCCCAAAAAGAUCAGAGAAAGAGGAAAAGGAUCUAUCCAUACGAAAAUAUUUAUAGGAAAACCUGUGAAGACUUAUCCAAAC